ACAACAAUUAACUGCACAGACACAAAAAGUCAAAGAAGUCAAAGUAGCCAUCAUCAGAUGCAAUGAGAAGAUCAAGAGCACCACUGAGAAGUAUGAAAACACCAGAGCUGAACUUGAUAAAAAGGCUCAGCAGUUGUCUGCUAUGAAGUUACAGUAUGGUCUGAUGAAGAAAUGUGAAGAGCAGAUGUUGAAGCAAAUGGAGGAGCUGCUCUGCCAGAAGAGCCACCUCAAGGAACGUCUAGCCACGGUAAAGAGGAAGGCGAAGGAUGAAGAAGAGAACUUCCUGCAAGAGAUUUCAAGGUUCAACAGCGACUUCAGUCUUCGAGAGACCAAAGAGACAGUGUUUAAAAGCCAAAUGCACACUGAGAUACUGGACCUGGAGAGGGAGGUGGAAUCAUUAUACCAAGAGGUGGAGCUGAUGAGCUGCAGAAACAGUCACAUGAGCUCCAUGCAGGGGGAGAAGAGAAUGCUCCAGCUGGAGUUACAGGGCCUGGAUAGCAACCUGAAAGAGCUGGAGUGGCAGUUGAGUGAGGCCGAGGCAGUGACAGAGUCUCUGAAAGCAGAGAUCCAGUUUGUCAGUCAGAAACCUCUUACUGACAGCACCUGUCUAAGAUUGAGAAAGGAGCUGGAGAUGCAUAAAGAAGGAGAGCUGGAGCUGCUGCGAGAGGCGCUCCGUUCAGAAAUACAGCUUCUGCAGUCGAAGCGGGGCAGCAGCCAGGGACGUGAGCAGCAUUAGAUUUGGCACAACUGUGAGAUUGGAAACGAAAUGUGUUGUAAUAAUAUUUAUCCAAAUGCAGGUUUUAUCUUUACAAGGACUGUUUGUUCUUUAAUAUUCACUUGGAGACAUUGCAUGAAAAAAGCACAUCUGUUGGGUGAGUGACCUCAGUUAGUAGACAGACCAAGAGACUGUAUGUACGUUGUUACUGGAAGAACUUAAAAAAGAGGUACAAAUGUUAAAGUUGUAAUUUUAAAAAUACACUGCAGUUUUGUUUCUAUCUUCAGCCACUUGUUUUAACGUGAAAUAUUACAUUACAUUUAUGUUCACUAGCUAAAUAAA